AUGGGGAAACGUCCGACCAGAAGUGUAAUUCGGAAGAUAGAGAGCCAACCAGACCUCAUGGAGAUAAUUCCAUGCCGAGAAUGCAUGUACUGUGGAUUGAUGAACCACAACAAAGCAUUGUGCACCCUACCGGAGUGCAUCCACGACCAGCGUUAUGAACUGGAGGAGAUUGAGCGAGAACUGGAGACCUUCGCCGACUACUACGGUCCUGGACAGUAA